UGAAAGCGGAAGCUAGCGGUAGAAAUGUUUGGGUUGUGAUGAGGCACCAAAAUUGUUGUUACAUAUAUUAAAAAAAGGUUGCGUUAAAAACCACAGAUCGCGGAUUGAACCACUUUUAAAUGCUACUUAAAGGCUAAAUACUACCGUGUUUUAUUUGGUAUCGCGCUAACUGUGAGUUCUGACUGAGAAGGAAGCGACAGUAACGCGAGAAUAGGCCUGAUGUCGGCCAAAACAAGCGCAAGUAAAAGCAAAGACUGCGGCGAAGUUAUUAAAAACUACCACAAGCAGGCGUUUGAAUAUAUAUCGAAGGCACUUAGGAUCGACGAAGAUGAUUCAGGGGAGAAAGGGGAGGCUGUGCAGUGGUACAAGAAGGGGAUAGCGGAGCUGGAAAGAGGAAUUGCAGUCGAGAUCACGGGACAAGCAGGAGAGCAAUAUGACCGAGCAAAGAGACUUCAGGAUAAAAUGGUCACCAACCUCACCAUGGCAAAAGACAGGCUUGCUCUGUUAGAGACAACGUUGGCAUCAAAAAGGAGAAGUGAUCCAAAGACAAAUCAUGUUCUUCCACAACCAAAGCCUUUUCCUAAAGGCCACCCUGGAGUCGCUGGUGUGUCCACUAACAUCAGGCCCUCCUCUGCUGGCAGAGCCCCAUCGAGACCUGCUGACCCAAAGGUGACCCCUCGUGUGGGAAAAGCCCAAAAUGGAAGACCUGCUGCUGUGAAACAGCCCCCAAAGAAGGACAUGAAAAACUUCAAGAAUGUGGACAGCAAAUUGGCUAACUUGAUUCUGAAUGAAAUUGUCGACAGCGGAGCAUCUGUAUCCUUUGAAGAUAUCGCGGGACAGAAUCUGGCCAAACAAGCCCUCCAAGAAAUUGUCAUCUAUCCUGCCUUAAGACCAGAGCUCUUCACUGGCCUCAGAGCUCCUGCACGUGGUUUGCUUUUAUUUGGCCCACCUGGAAAUGGAAAAACCAUGCUGGCCAAAGCAGUUGCCGCAGAGUCUAACGCCACGUUCUUCAACAUCAGCGCUGCCAGUUUGACCUCUAAAUACGUCGGAGAAGGCGAGAAGCUUGUUCGAGCCCUGUUUGCAGUUGCCAGAGAAUUACAGCCCUCUGUCAUCUUCAUUGAUGAAGUGGACAGCCUGCUGUGUGAGAGGAGAGAGGGAGAACACGAUGCCUCUCGCCGCUUAAAAACUGAGUUCCUCAUAGAAUUUGAUGGGGUGCAGUCAGGAGGGGAUGACAGGGUGCUUGUAAUGGGAGCGACCAACAGGCCUCAGGAGCUGGAUGAAGCAGUGUUAAGGCGCUUUGCAAAGAGGGUUUAUGUGACAUUGCCAGAUGAGGAGACAAGAUUCACGCUGAUGAAAAACCUUUUGGGAAAGCACUCGAAUCCACUGAGUAAGAAUGAGCUGUCUCGUCUAGCAAAAGAGACUGUGGGAUACUCAGGAAGUGAUCUGACAUCGUUAGCCAAAGAUGCUGCGCUUGGACCAAUUAGAGAGUUGGGGCCUGACCAAGUCCGUAGUAUGGCUGUUACUGAGAUGCGUAACAUCAAGAUGAAAGACUUUGAGGAUUCCCUGAAACGCAUUAAGCCCACUGUUAGUCCAUCGACUCUUAAUAUGUAUUCCAAAUGGAACAAAGAUUUUGGUGAUACAACAGCUUUCUGAGCUUAAUUGCUGAUUUUUACUUGUACAAAAAAACAACAACAUAAAAAUAAAAUAACAGUUGUUUCCACUGUUUUACUCUAUGGGAACAAGAUGUCAAUAACAUAAAUAAAACCUGGAACAAUACCUUUGUAGGUUGGUAAAGCUAUGAUGUGUGAAUAUUUUGACAUUCGGAAGCAUUAUGGGACAAUUUCCUGUUUUAUGGGAAAGGUUUUGCUGUUUCUUGUGAGUUUCUUAAUUGUGUUAUGACACCCUUAAAACACUGUCUUGCUACUUGAAAUUUCAAUAUUUAUUCUGAAGAAUGUCUUGCGAAACUACGAAUGAAUUUUCUUUUUCCUCAUAAGAGAAGCCAGCUCCUGCAAAUGUCAUCUACAUUAUUUUUCUCAUCCGUUAAGCACCUGAUACAUUGACAUGUUGAUGGUACUGAUCACCAAGUGCUCUCUGUACGUAGGAAAACAUACAAAAUCGGUAGCAGUUGGGAGAAGAAUUGCCAGAGUGGAUGUUUUUUUGUAUAAUAGUAUUUGUUUAGAAAGGUUUUCCAUUUGCACGGGUAAUUUGUAGAUACAAAUACUUGUAUUUGAAAGUAGGAGACCUAACAAACUGUCAUGCUUUCUGACUUUUUUUUUUAAACAGUGACAGUUAGUUGAGCAAAAUGCAGCAGUUUCCCACUUUUCCCAUUCAUCAAUAAAGACAUUCAUUCACAUUUAUUCAGCUUUGUGUUUUUCUUAUUUUUCUUAGAAACCUGAUGUAUCAUACACAGAUGAUUAAAGCAAAAGUACAAUCUA